AAUUGUCAUUCAUUUAAUAUGGACAUUUUAUUAACUUGAAAUUUGGUUUCAUUCUUUAAAAUUAUCAAAAAUUUAACCAUUUCGAAUAUAACAACUGGAAUGGAUUUAAAGAAAAUGUCGGGCGAUCACAAAACAUUGAUAAAAGGCAGCCCAUCGCAAUACGUGAAGUUAAAUGUGGGCGGUACUCUUUUUUAUACAACAAUUGGCACGCUGACUAAGAGUGACAAUAUGCUGCGAACUAUGUUCAGUGGUAGAAUGGAAGUGUUAACGGAUUCCGAAGGUUGGAUAUUGAUUGACCGAUGUGGCAAACAUUUUGGCACAAUACUGAAUUACCUCCGAGAUGGCACUGUGGCUUUGCCUGAUAGUUAUCGUGAGAUAAUGGAGUUAUUGGCUGAGGCCAAGUAUUUUCUAAUUGAAGAAUUGACUGAUUCAUGUCAGCAGGCUCUAGCUAAAAAAGAAAGAGAAGCAGAACCAAUAUGCAGAGUACCUCUCAUAACAUCACAAAAAGAAGAGCAACUGCUUAUUAUGUCAACUUCUAAGCCCGUUGUGAAACUUCUAAUUAAUAGGCACAAUAAUAAGUAUUCAUAUACAAGCACAUCUGAUGACAAUUUGUUAAAAAAUAUUGAGUUAUUUGACAAACUCUCCCUACGUUUCAGUGGUAGAGUUCUCUUUAUUAAAGAUGUUAUUGGCUCUAAUGAAAUAUGUUGUUGGUCUUUCUUUGGACAUGGAAAGAAAUGUGCUGAAGUCUGUUGUACUUCUAUUGUUUAUGCCACAGAUAAAAAGCAUACCAAAGUUGAGUUUCCUGAAGCUAGGAUUUAUGAGGAGACCUUGGGUAUAUUAUUAUAUGAGAGUAGAAAUGGACCUGAUCAAGAUUUGAUUCAAGCUACCUCAUCUCGUGGAGCUGUCGGUGGUCUUUCAUGUACAAGUGACGAAGAGGAAGAGCGCUCAGGCUUGGCUCGACUUAGAUCAAAUAAACAGAAUAAUCAGUCUUAGCGGUUACAGUCUGGCUUGGCGCGCCUUAGGAGCUCUAAAAGGACAAAUGUCUGAUACCAAGCUGGCUACUUUUUGCCCUUCUGCUGGCUGCCAUGCUUCGGUCUGUAAAAUGUAUCGAGCUAUGCCCAUGACCACUCUGUAGAUCUAUACUUUCUAUGAGCUCUCUUGGGAAUGUGAAUGACAAUGGAGUAUUAGUGUAGCAAAAGAGGCAUUUAUAAUUUAAAACCACUUCGGAUGAGUUGUGGAGGACUACUAUGUGAUUACAUAUCCGUUUUGUGUUUAGUGAAUAUUAGUAUGUCACAAAUAUAAGAAAGAAUUGAUAUGACAAGAAAUAAUGUCACAUAUCUAGAUUCAUACCUAAAUAUAGCUUUGGCUGUAGAGGAAGCAGUUAUAACAGUAGUUACAGAGUAAAGCAACCAAAUCUGCAGUAUUUGUUAUUGAUGUCUAUAGUGUGUACCCUUAGUGAGAAUGUUAGGGAGUGUGUUUACGAAAAUACUUUCCAGUUGAUAUCUUUCUUGAAUUAAUUUUAAAAUAUUGUAAAGCUGUAUGUAAAUUAGUGAAUUUAUUAUUAAGAGUUUGAUGAAUAUGUACAAGCUUUGCAGUACAUUUAUGUGGUACUUUUAAUACAUAAUUAAAUGUUAUGCUUAAAAUAUAUUAACACAGCUCAAGUAAAUUGCCAAAUCAAUGUUGUUUAGGUGUUAGGAUCUCAUUCAUGAGAAUAUUUUAUAAAAAUAAAGCUCAUUUAUGCAUUAUAAGUAUGUAACUAGUAUACUGUACAAAAAAUGCUUUACUUGUUAUCUUAUAAUAAUAAUCACGAAAAAAUUGCUUUUCAUUAUUUAUUUCAUAAUUUAUAGUUUCUUUAAAGUAUUAAAGUUCUAAGUAAAUGUAUUUGUAAAAUGUACGAUUUCAUAUUUUAAAAAAAGUUAAAUAUUUCUAUGCAUUUCACUUUAUAUAAGAAUACAAGAGUUGCAGCAUUGUAUAGAUUGACAAUUUUUAUAUGUAGUUACUAUCUAGGUGUUAAAUAAGUAUAAUUUUAAAUUAGUUGAAAUCACAGGGACAAAAGCCAAAUACUGUGUCAGAAUUAUUCACCAAGGCAUACAGAUUUGCAGGCUGAUAUCAGAAUUAUUUCUUUAUCUAUGUAUACCAUGCUAGCUGUGAUUUUAGCAAAUUCUAGUAUUUUGAUUUAAUUGCAUAGAUUCAGGAUAUGACUUGCUUAUCCUUAACUUAUUACUGCUGUAAUUUAUAUAUCUCUAUGUUAUUUCUUGUACAUAUUAUGUGUAAUAAUUAUAUUACUGGCUUCAACUCUUGUGUCCAUAUAAUAUUUAGUCAUUCUGUUAUUAAAUAUGUAAUGUUGCCAUUAUAUUAGACUGAAGGAAUCCUAAUUUGAAAUUUACUGUAACAAAAAUGAUUUAUAAUGUAUGAAGAAUAAUGAGAAGACAACAGUUUUGUUGUAUCCAUUCUUAAUAUUUAAAUAUAAAUUAUGUAACCUAUUGCAAUGAUUGAAUGUUAGUUUUGUCUUUACUAUAAAGUGUAGGAGACAAUUUAUUAUAGUUGGGAGUCAAGCGAUCAAAAGGUUCUAGUCUGGUAUUGAUCAAUAUUAAUCUUCGGUUAGAGUUAUACCUGGAAAUGUAAACAGAGGCUAAUAUCUUUUUCUUAUGGUGCAGAUAGUGAUUUCGGAAAUCCGGACUGACGCGAUAUGUAUCCGAACGUAAUUCACAUGCUUGCAUUAUUGUUUCACUGUUACUAACUCAUGCAUACUAUUUUCUGAAACUCAAUGCAAGACUGGUUUCAUAAUAUCUAAGCCAAUGUUUUGAUUUGUUCUUGUAAAUUUGUCUAUAAAAUAUACUUGAUUACAAAAUAUAUGCUCACUAUUUAG